AAAAAAAAUAUAUACAAGCAUCAAUUGUAGAGUUGUGAUGGAUCUAGCUUUAUCCUACAUCAUUUUGGAAUUGAGACUUCAUCCUUUGUCUUUUCAUUUGCUGGGAAAUAAAGAUUUUUCAUGCUCUUCAAGAGGGAUGAUGAUUUAGAAGAAAGAGUCUUGCUUUGUUUUUAGUAGGGGUUGUAAUUCUUUAUUAGCAAUCGAUUUUGUUUUGACAACUUGAGGUUGUUGUGAUAUUGUUGGAGAAUAUAUAUUUCUCUUAGGUGUUCCUUUAUUGAAAGUUUGUGAAAAAGGCAAGUAGUUGGAACUUGGAGGGGUGGUUGAGCAUACAAAGAUUAUCAUGGUAGCUUUGGUGAAAUUUGGUUUGAUGAAUAUAUGCAUAUCCUAGGCGUUCAUGUUCUUUCUGAACAUGAAAGGGAAAAUUAUUAGUUAGUCAAGGCAAUUGGGUGGGUUGUUGUCACUAUCAACCUUUAUAUGGCUUUUAAGAGUAAGUUGGAAAGAAGAGACGUUUUAGAGUUACCUUUUCUCAGUCCCCUUCCUCUAUUUUCCUAAAUGGAUUACACACCAAGGAAAUCCGGGACCAUAAGGUAUCUGCAUCUGCCGGCUGGUUGAAGCUAAUUUUGAGAGGUGAUAUGGUACGUUUUUAGGCCUGAUCAGAUCUACCCAGAUAAAAAUAUGCCCUUAAAAGCGAAGUAAGAUCAAGUCAUUCGACAACUUGGAAUCACGUAUAAUUUAUUGCCAAGCUUAUGUCGUUGAAGAUGAAACUUAGGACUUUUCUUGAUUAUGUAUCUAGCUUGAUCAGUUUUGGAUGUGGCAUUUAUUUGUUUGUUUUUAGCCCUUUGAGGUUUAAAUUAAGCUGUGUUUUUGUCCUGCAAUAUUAUCUUCUGGUAAACAUAUAUCAGUAAAAGUGAAAUUAGAAA